AUGACCGAGGCGUACUCCGAGGAGAAACUCGAUGACGAGGGGCUGCAGACACUGGUCGUGGAGGCUGAACGUAUGGUGAACUCGAGGCCUCUGACGUAUCUGCCGCUAGAGUCUGAGGAGUCGGAGGCACUUACACCGAAUCACUUUUUGGUGUUGAGCUCAAGCGGGGUGAUACAACGAAGAGAUCAACGAAGCAACGAUACAGUCUGGGUUCAGCCAAGUGAACUAGUCCGCCGAGAAAUCCUGGGGAGAUCCUGGGAACUAAUCCAGCGUCAGCUGGAUGUUUUCUGGAGACGUUGGUUGGUCGAAUAUUUGCCGGUGAUCCGCCGACAGCCGAAGUGGUUCGACGAAACUCGUUCGCUAGAACCAGGAGAUCUGGUGAUGGUCGCAGAACCGACGAAGCGAAACGGAUGGGAACGAGGACGAAUCAUUCGCAUGAUCUCGAAUCCGGAUGGUCGACAUCGUCAGGCCGUCGUACAGAUUGGACAAAAGAGCGUGGUGCGGCCGGUCUCAAGGUUAGCGCUGCUUGACCUCAAGGAUCAUCGUGAGACUCCGGAGAACUUCGGACCACACCUGGGGAGACUGUUAACGCAGAAGCCGUCAAGCUGGCAACCUUGCCCAACACCGAAUCUGAAGGGCACUCGUCAGCUGUCAAAGCGCCACGUCAGCUGCCGAAGCGCCGCGUCGACGCUGGUGGAAUGA